UUUGAGUGACGGGGGAGUUGUGGCGUUUCGACGAAGUCGUCGCCGAGCUCCUCUCUAGGAUUGGCUUUCAAGGACGAAGGCUUCCUGGGUCACGGGUUGCUUUUCGUGCACCGGGCGGGGGAAUCUCCGAGUCCCGCUGUUGCCGCGCGUCUGCCGGGCGAAAGGGGAAGUUCUUCCAGGCUUAGUUUAUAGGUGGACCGAUCCAGAAAUGGUUCUGCUUCAUGUGAAGCAUGGAGAUGAGAGCCAAUUUCUCCUGGAAACAACAGGUAACGUUUCCGUUGAAGACUUAACGCAGGAAGUGACCAGGAUCUACAAUGGAAGACUCAAAAUUCAACGUCUUUGCGCAGAAAUGGAAUCGCUGGCCGAACACGGUAUUUUCUUACCUCCUAACAUGCAAGGUCUGACAGAUGAACAAAUUGAAGAGCUGAAGCUGACAGAUGAAUGGGCAAAAAAAUGUAUCCCCAGUGGUGGAAGCACAUUUAAAAAAGAUGACAUUGGACGAAGAAAUGGUCAUGCUCCAAAUGAGAAAAUGAAACAAGUUUUAAAAGCAACCAUAGGAGAAGCUAAGGCACUGAUUUCUAAGGAACAAGUGGAAGCCAAUGUAUGCGUUACUACCAGUAUGGUGAAAGAUGCACUCGACCAGCUCCGAGGAGCUGUAAUGAUUGUUUAUCCAAUGGGGCUCCCUCCAUAUGACCCAAUUAGAAUGGAGUUUGAAAAUAAAGAAGAUCUGUCAGGAACUCAAGCAGCCCUUGAGGUUAUUGAAGAACCAGAGGCCCAGCUGUGGUGGGCAGCAAAGGAACUCAAAAGAACAAACCAGCUUUCUGACUAUGUUGGCAAAAAUGAGAAAACUAAAAUUAUCAUCAAAAUACAAAAAAAAGGGCAAGGAGCUCCAGCACGUGAACCUGUCAUAAGUGGUGAGGAACAUAAACAGAUGAUUCUUUUUUAUCACAGAAGACAAGAAGAACUCAAGAAAUUAGAAGAAAAUGAUGAUGAUUCAUUUUUAGAUUCUGAAUGGGCUGAUAGUCAUGCCUUGAAAAGACAUUUUCAUGGUGUCAAGGAUAUUAAGUGGAGACCAAGAUAAGUUAUUUUGGCAAGAAAAAAUAUUUUUAAGAUAAAACUAACACAGCAAGUUACAUAGGUAACAUCAAUGCACAUUUACUCAUUAAAACUAAAUAUUAGAUUUUUAUUUAUUUAUAAUGUUGAUUGCCUUGUAGUCAAUAAAUCUAUAUUAUUAGGAU